AUGAAUGUUCUCAAGAUCCAGAGGAAAUUUCCUCAAUUUCAGCAGAACGAGCUCUUUGAUCUAAGCAGUGCCUUCCGCAAGCUCGACAUCGAUGACAAAGGCUAUAUCGACGAGGCCACCGCAAUCAAGAGCACGCAGCAGAGCGAGCGCCAGCCAUACGAUGUUGUGCGCCAGGCCCUGAAGGAGGUUGACCUAGACUCGUCCAGACGGGUAGAGCUGGAGGACUAUAUCGGGCUCAUUGCCAACCUGCGCAACUCGUCAGUCGCGCAGAAGCGAAUGUCUGGCACCGUCCCGGCGCAGCCCGGCCUGGUCUCACCGCAGGGCACCGGCAUCGUCUCGCAACGAACAGGAGGCCAUGCGUCCAAGGGCAGCGUCGGUGGUCGUAUCCAUGUGCAGGGAUCGAGCUCCAACACCACGCACACAAUCAACGAGGACGAGCGCACUGAGUUCACCCGCCACAUCAAUGCCGUGCUGGCUGGCGACCCGGAUGUCGCCAGCCGCCUGCCCUUCGCCAUCCACACCUUUGAGAUGUUUGACGAGUGCAAAGACGGCCUCGUGCUGGCCAAGCUCAUCAACGACAGCGUGCCUGAUACCAUUGACGAGCGCGUGCUGAACGUGCCGGGGCGCAAGAUCAAGAAACUUAACAACUUCCACAUGACCGAAAAUAACAACAUUGUUAUCGAGUCCGCCAAGGGCAUCGGCUGCUCCGUUGUCAAUAUUGGCAGCGGCGACAUCAUGGAGGUGCGCGAGCACCUUAUCCUGGGUCUCAUCUGGCAGAUCAUCCGCCGCGGCCUGUUGGGCAAGAUCGACAUCAAGCUGCACCCCGAAUUGUACCGUUUGCUCGAAGAGGACGAGACGCUGGAGCAGUUUCUUCGCCUGCCGCCUGAGCAGAUUCUGCUGCGCUGGUUCAACUACCACCUGAAGGCAGCAAACUGGCCUCAAAGGGUCAACAACUUCUCAUCUGAUGUUAAGGAUGGAACAAACUACACCGUUCUCCUUGCGCAGAUCGGCCAGGAAUACGGCGUCACGCGCGCCCCCCUUCAGACACACGACUUGCUGCAGCGAGCUGAAGAGGUGCUGCAGAACGCCGAGAGGUUGGACUGCCGCAAGUUCUUGACGCCAUCGUCCCUUGUGGCCGGUAACCCAAAGCUUAAUUUGGCGUUCGUUGCCAACCUGUUCAACAACCACCCGUGUCUAGAUCCAAUUACGGAAGAGGAGAAGGCAGAGGUGGAGGACUUCGAUGCUGAGGGCGAGCGAGAGGCGAGAGUGUUCACGUUGUGGCUUAACAGCCUGGACGUGCAGCCAUCGGUGCAGUCGUUCUUUGAUGAUCUGCGCGACGGAACUCUGCUGCUGCAGGCAUAUGACAAGGUGAUCAAGGGAUCUGUCAACUGGCGCCACGUGAACAAGCGGCCGGCUCAUGGUGGCGAGGUAAUGCGGUUUAAGGCAGUGGAGAACACCAACUACGCGAUCGAACUGGGCAAGCAGCUCGGAUUUUCACUUGUGGGCAUCCAGGGCGCCGACAUUACGGACGGACAGAAGACGUUGACGCUCGGACUCGUGUGGCAGCUGAUGCGGCGGGACAUCACGGUGACGCUUUCAGCACUGGCGCAGCGGCUGGGCAAGAAAGAAAUCACGGAUUCAGAGAUGGUGCGGUGGGCCAACGAUAUGUCGCGCAAGGGCGGUCAGACGUCGUCUAUCCGGUCUUUCAAAGACCCGGCUAUCGGCACGGGUGUCUUCUUGCUAGAUGUGCUGAACGGUAUGAAGAGCAACUAUGUGGACUACGACCUCGUGACCAGCGGACGGACCGACGAGGACGCAUACCUGAACGCCAAGCUCAGCAUCAGCAUUGCGCGAAAGCUGGGGGCAACCAUCUGGCUGGUGCCCGAGGACAUUUGUCAGGUGCGGUCGCGCCUCGUGACGACGUUUAUCGGCUCGCUGAUGGCGACGCACGAAAAGAUGGCGUCUUAG